AUGAAAGUGUACCAGCAGAGUGCUGCGGCAGUAUUCUGGGACGUAGAUGAAGCACCUUCGUUCGUACUGAUCGACACAAAAGAAUCAUCUUGCCCGCCUGAACGGCUGGUCGCUCCCAGUGGCAACAACACCGGAUCUCCCGAGGUGCUGCAAACAGCUGCCGACUGGCAUCAUUUCUGUCGAUUAAAUCACAGCAAAUGCUCGAGUCUGCCGACUCGUAAGCCCGGAUGGAUACCUUCGCGCCUGGUGGAUCUUGGCCAGGCCCAAGAUGAAAGUUGGAGUCUCAUCAUUACUGAUGACCAAGCUGGCAGGCUGAUAGAUGCCCAGUACGCGACACUCAGUUAUAGAUGGGGAUCAAAGCCACAAGCCUUGAUGCUCAAAACCUCAACAUUGGGAGACUUUCUCGGCGGAAAGUCAAUCGCCGACCUACCUCAGACAUUCAAGGACUUCAUCGUGGUAGCCCGUAAACUUGGCUUCAAGUAUAUAUGGAUCGAUUGUCUAUGCAUCAUGCAGGACUGCGGCCAGGAUUGGAACCACGAGGCAUCUACCAUGAGAGAUGUGUACGCGAAUUCCGGUUGUAAUGUUGUGGCCUGCGCCUCGUCAGAUCCUGGAGGGGGGCUGUUCCGAUACAGAAACCCCAGCGAUGUGUCCCCUGGCCUAGUGGAAACUCGUCUAUCAUCAGGGCAACCUCAGAGAUUCGUUAUUUGGGAUGAUAUGCUCGAGGACAGGAAUGACAAUGUAACAACUCUGGCGGACCGCGGAUGGGUGUUUCAGGAAAGAUUCCUGGCCCCGCGGUUGCUCUCCUUCCACGGUCAGCGUAUCAGCUGGGAAUGCUGCGAAGGCCGUAAGUGGGAGGGCGUAUCCCAGCGAUUUGAAGACUCAAUCAGCAUCAUGGACGAACUGCUAGCCUCUGUUCAACAGAGCGCUGAAGCUUCAUACGGGGAAAUGACAGAAGCCACUUUAAACCACUGGGGGAAGCUGGUGGGCUUGUAUUCACAAUGCAAGCUCACCAAAUCCGAGGACAAGCUUGUCGCUUUUGCUGGUGUUGCCAAAGCCUUCCAAGAGCUUACCGGCGACACGUAUCUAGCUGGGGUUUGGCGGUCGCAGCUGUUCGCACAGCUGAGUUGGACGGCUCGGGAGAAGACGAGUGCGGUCCAAUUUCCCAAGAGAUAUAGAGCGCCUUCAUGGUCAUGGGCAUCUAUUGACAGCCCAGUCUGGCUACGGCUUUACGGGAAGGUUCCAGACUCGGAUGUUACGGAAUACGAGUUUGCAGAUGAGGGUCGGACUAUUCUUUUGCUUCACGCGGUCAGUUCACGUGAUGGUUAUUGGUUUGCCGCCGAUGCCAUGAUUCUGCUACCCGUGAACGGCCCGGGAAAUUUGUACAGAAGGAUAGGUUGGGCAAAUUUCGUACCUUGGGAUCCAAAGAGCCCCCCUCGGGAUCGAAAGAGCCCCUUGGACCUAGUCCUGUCUCCCAGAAUCGAGAAGGCCGAGCUAGUCAUCGUGUAA